UUUCGCCGGGACUUUUAGUUGACAGUACCAGAGACGGACCAACGGUAGAAACAGUCCGACUGGCACUAAUUCACAAGCAAUAUCGCCUUAAAAAAGGAAUUACCUAACAUAUAUUACUCAAGUAAUUUCUGUUUUAUUUUAUUAAUCUCUUUGACGGAUAUACAAGGCGCUUUCGGUGCCUGGUGGUUCGCUACACACAACAAUAACAAUGGCUUCUGGGUCACCGUCUUCGUCCCCGGACACUGCGACGGGCUCAGGUACAGACCCUGCUCGACCUGACACAGGGGAGCCCCUCGGUGGAGCAGGCUCCGAUUCAGACUCGGAUAUGGGCUUGGGAAAGUUUGACUGUAGCGCCGUGGAAAUGGCUGAGCGGUUGGAGGGCGAUGAGCUGGAGAGCGAGUUCGAGUCUGCAGCAGCCCGUGUACAAGGUCUGGUUCAGACAGCCAGCAGGGACCAGCUGCUGUACCUGUAUGCUCGAUACAAACAGGUCAAAGUUGGAAAGUGCAAUACAGCUAAACCUGGCUUCUUUGACUUUGAAGGACAACGGAAGUGGCAAGCCUGGAAGCAGCUCGGAGAUAUGGAUGCAGAGCAGGCGAUGCAGGAGUACAUUUCCUGCGUCAACGUUUUGGAUCCUGAAGGUGUCACAAAGGAAAGACAAGGAGCUGAGAAGAAAAAAGGCUUCGGAGGACCAGUUGUCAGCUGUUUAUACCAAGAAGAGACGAUCAGGGAAGAGGAUAAGAACAUCUUCGACUACUGCAGAGAAAACAACAUCGACCACAUCAAUAAGGCCAUCAGUUCCCAGAAGGUGGACGUCAAUGCUAAAGAUGAAGAGGGCCGGGCUCUGCUGCACUGGGCCUGUGACCGAGGACACAAAGAGUUGGUGUCGCUGUUACUGCAGCACAAAGCAGACAUCAACAGUCAGGACAAUGAAGGACAAACUGCACUACAUUACGCGUCUGCGUGUGAGUUCGCCGACAUCGUGGAGCUCCUGCACGGAGCUGACCCGUCCAUCAAAGACAUGGAGGGCUCGCUCCCGGAGGAGGUCACUGACUCCAGUGCCAUCUCCUCUCUCCUCCGCCAGUACACGGCUCCAAAAGGCUAAACCACUCACCGAGCCACCACCUGUGUCCCGGUCUGAUCUCAUUUACUCAUUCAGCCUCCUCGCCAUCUUCUCUGCAGCGCUGAAGCGACCGUGUUCCACCUCAGUGCACUGUUACAACCUUGGUUGAACAAGUUUGAAACGUUGAUGCUUCCAAAUAUGUUUGAAAAUAUUGGUUUAGUUUCUUUGUAAUUCCUUUUAAAGAGGUUUAAAAAAAUAAAACGCUGUCAUGUUUUCAUCAUUUUACAUGAUGAUCGUCCUCCACCAGAACAACCUUCAGUUUGUUCUCUUGACGAGUACUGUAAAAUACAGUAGUGGUUUCACAGCCGGUUCAGAUGGUUUACUGAUGUACAGUAGUUAUAUAAUGAAGUUGUUGUUGAGAAUGUUGCAAGCAAUCGAAGAAAUUUCAAAACUGAAUUGAUUGACAUUCCACACAAAAUUAGAAGAAAAUAGGAGAAAGAAAUAUGAUGCAAUGUAUUGUUUAUACAACAGUUAAAAGGUUUAGAUAUCCAGGCUACAUUUUUUCCUCAUGACUCAGUUGUGUUUAAAGGAAUGCUUUCAUUGUUUGACAUAUCAUUAAAUAUCUCUGAAAUCUGUCUUUCCUGUGGAUCUCUAACCAUCCCUUCCCUGCUGGUUCCUAUCUGCAGUCGAAAUACCAACUGCACAUUUUGUUCACGACAAAUCUCUUUUUUUCUCUGAGCCACUGCCUUGUUUCACUCCUGCUCUUCUCCCCCAGCCUUUACUUAAAGCCUCACUAAUCUGCUUUGACACCAGGACUUAGAUAAACCCCUCCACAUGUCAGGCUGCAGCCUGUCAGUCACUCACAGACGUACAACAGCAGUAGAAGGUCUACCCAGCAUUGGCAGUCCACACCAGGGACAGCCCUUCACCUUCAAUUUGUGCACUGACAGCUUCAGCACUGUACUUGCGAAUAGAGACGUAAGUGAGCUGUGCAAUACACGAGG